CUACGACUUCGCUGUCGUUCAACAUGCCAACGGCGAGACAAUCCCUACCCAGUGCAACACCGCGGCCGACAGCGACGAUGGCGCCCUUCCCGGCGUCACUGACGGCAAAUGCAACUCUUCGCGCACUUUUGCCGUCAUCAGGAACGAGGACGGCAGCCUCAACUUCUCCGUCACUCAGCAAAUUACGCCCAUUUCUUACACGACUGGCAACCACACUAUCCCCGCUAAUCAGAUCGAGAAGAAGGAUGGCGCGGAGACUUACGUUGGGCCCAAGAGCUUCGGCCUUUACAGCUCUUAG